UGUGCUGUUCUAAUCUAUACAAGCUUGAAUGUGAACAGCACAGUUAUGUGUUUCCGCAAAUUAUCAAUGCACCUUCUUUAUGUCUGAGAUCUGUGUGUGGGCAGUUUUAACUGGUGUUUGAAGCAGUCUGCAGUCCUGUGAGAGACCCAGCCCUGCAACAUCAGCAUGGAAGAUUCGCGGUCACCAAAGUUCAGCUCCAUGGGAGAAGAGAUUGCUUACUGGAAGGAGCAGGCGGAGAAAUACAAACAGAGCUCGGAGGAAUCGCAGGAGGAGCUCCAGGAAUUCCAGCAGAUGAGUCGGGAUUACGAGGCGGAGCUGGAGACGGAGCUCAAACAGUACGAAGGCCGGAAUCGGGAGCUGCUAUCGGAGAACAAUCGGCUCCGCAUGGAACUUGAGACCUUCAGGGAAAAACUCGAAGCCCAACAUUCAGACGCGUACCUACGGAUCUCGACACUAGAGGGCGACCUGACACAGACUACAGCCAUCAAGGACCAGCUGCAGAAAUACAUUCGGGAACUGGAGCAGGGCAAUGAUGAUCUGGAAAGAGCCAAGAGGGCCACCAUCAUGUCUCUAGAUGACUUUGAGCAGCGCAUGAACCAUGUGAUCGAGAGGAACGCCUUCCUGGAGAGCGAGCUGGACGAGAAGGAGACCCUGCAGGUUUCAGUGCAGCGGCUCAAAGACGAGGCCAGAGACCUGCGCCAGGAGCUUGUAGUUCAGGAGAAGCAGGAGCGGAGGCCAUCGUUCAGUCUGGGGAAGGACCAGGAGAAGACGGAGCCCCCACAGCGCCCCCCAGCAGCACUCCCCUCUCUCCCAGCAAGCACCUUCACCACCCCUGCCACCUGCAGGAGAGGAGAUGGCCUUACUGGAACACCUCUGACCGCCUCAGCACGGAUAUCUGCUCUCAACAUUGUGGGGGAGCUACUGCGGAAAGUGGGGAAUCUGGAGUCAAAGCUGGCUUCCUGUCGAGAUUUUGUUUACGAUCAGUCAUCAGGCCAGAUUGCUCCUCCGUCCAUAGCUGGGGGGGUGAACGCAAACAGAGAGUGUCGUGAAAACGGAGGGAGCCCUGCCAGCCUGCCACUGUUCAACACAGGGUUGGCAAAGCGGUUGGAGUUUGGACCAGGUUCCCCGAGUGUCCCCUCACAGAUGAGACAGUCGCCACAAGGAGUGGUCAAGAUUUUAAUCUGAACAGUCCUUGCUCUGUGCGUUACUCCAGAGAACCCUGACUGCGCACUGUUUGUUUUCCCACCUACCCCCUAUUAGCAUCUUUCCUAACAUACCGAUUCAUGGCAGUUUACUCUCAAGAUGGCAAUUUCUGCUGCUUGCUGUAGAAAUUUUGCUGUGCUGGUCUGAUAAUGUGUUCAAAUGUACCGGUUUGGGAAUAGGAUCAAACCACAGGCAUGGAAACAAGAUUCAUAUUGCACAGCAGUAGGAGCUAGUCUAGGUUUUACUCUGAGGUCCUCAAACUGCUAUGCAUUGGAAGACUUACGUCUAUUCCUGAACCACACCAGAAAGUCUUUCUAUAAUGAUAGCCUUAAAGGUUUUGGCAUGGCAUAUGCUUAAUUCUCUGUUAUUCUCAUACCUGAAGACUUUCAUAGAAAAGUGUUUGCUUUUGGAAGAUCAGUCACAUAACAUUAAGGUACUUGUUUUACAAUAGCUUUUCCUUAUACUUAGAGCAGUAGGGGGCCUGAAAAUAAGUUUUGCUCUAGCGUAGGAAUUAAGAAAGGGCAUCACCACCUAACACACACACACACAUAGCUUUUUGUUACAUUUUACAGCAAGUAGCUGCAGAGAUGAUAUUUUUAAAUAUGAAAAAUAUGUUUUAAACUGUACGGAGCAUGACAGCUUUAAAUGAGCAAGUUUAAAAGUUUGCAUUGCUGAGAUUUGAUAGGUUUGAGAUUUUUUUUUUCACUGCCUUAUUGAAAAUGAAACACUGUGUUUUUUUAUGUAAAAGACAUGACGCAGAAACACAUCAGUUUUAAGAUCAUAAGAUUGACUUGGAGUUAGAACAGGUUUGCACUUUGUCACCCCUCUCGUUUUCCAUUUAAAAGUUUUUUUGGUAAGAAACAUGUAUUAUUUGUUUUUAAUGACGUAGUUCAGGAACCACGCUGGGAAUCAAAGGGUCCAUGUGUACCAACGCAUUUUUGGUAAUAGCUGAUUGUGAUCUGAGUUUUAUCAGUUCUAUAAAAUGAAAGUAUAAAAAGAAGUUCAGGAUUUCUUGUCCCGUGCCUAUCGUUCUGUUUUCUCAUCUCUAUACAAAGUACUUUGACAUCUCAUGACAGUGGAAAUUUGUAGUUUUCUAUAAUUUACUUGCAUUAACCUUUCGCAGUGCAAAUGUAAACUGGCAAACUCUUGCAGCCCUGUUCAGUUUUACACUAGCCAAUAAUUCUUGUGUGUCAGUUUUCUGUAUCAUUGUAGUUGAUACAGAAAACACCAGUUCGAAAUUCAGUUUGCUUCCAUUCCCUAAUAAGAGAUCUUAAAGCUCAAUUUUUUUGUACUUAUUAUCAUAUGGUUGUGGACGUCAGAGAUGUGGUGAGUGGAAAGCAUGGUGACAAAGUUUGGCUAGAUUGUUUUGUAGCAGUGCCUCAUUAGCUGUGCUCUCAGGUGUGGCUCUAUUCAUAUGAAUUCUGGGGUUGAUUUUGCCACUAAUGUCUAUUGUCUAAAACUGGUCAUGCUCCGUUAAUCUAGAGAUGGAGUUAUCAUAAUCCUUUAAGCAGUGUAUGUUUUGUUAAAGCUUGUCAGGUUUUUCCACCACAAACCCCUCAUUGGUGCUUUGUAAAUCUUGUAGAAAUGACUUUCCCAGUUGUCCCUAUGUACUGUAUAGUGAGUUGCACUUGAGGGUGCACUAUAAUUUAUUUGUGAUCACUGUUGUGUGAUUACCUUGUUGGCAGGCAGGAGAGAAUUAGAAUUGUGAUUGUAGACAUUCGCUAAAAUGUUUGAAUGCUUGCCUUAGCUGCUUAUAGUUUCAGCAGUAUUCUUUUAGUAUUAGUGUAAUACCCCCCAUGUCACUUUUUAAUUAAUGCUAUUCAUUUCUCUGUAUUUUUUUUUCAUUCUUUCCCUAACAUACGAUGGAGAGAUUAUAUAUUUAGAUUGCAGUUUGUUUUUCUGUUGUUUUACCAUUUUGAGUUAACUUAUUUUUUUAUUUUAUAGUGUUAUAGCCUGUGUUGUUUUUAUAUAUUUGUUCUGAGAUAUGAGGUACUAAAUGCUGGGGCUUCCAAAUAUAAACCAGGUAGUGUAGCAGCAAAUUAAAACCACUGUUACAGUUAGUCUGAUAAAAAAUAGAAUAUCCAUUUAAUUCACUUUUAUAGUGUUGCAACAAUUGCAAUGAUUAAUUGUUCCGGGAAGAAGCAUGAUUUCUUGUGUAAUCUAUUCUUAAUUUUUUUUUACCGUUUGCUAUUUAUUACGCAGGGUGUGCAAUACUGGUUCAUUAUCAUUUUAAUGUAUUUGUUUUACCAAGAUAAAUGAAGCUGCUCUUCUCCAGCAAGGUCCCAGGGAAGGUGUCAACAGUCUCAGUCCCACUAAAGUGAAAUGCUUUAAUGUUGAGAAGCACAUUAUUCAGGGUUAAAAUGGGGCAACUGUUUUUGUGUGUUUAGAGAAGACAGGUAACCUCUGCUUAUGGGACUAUCUGUACUGUUCCAAAAUGGCAAAGCGAUGGUUACACCAACCUUGCCGUUAGUGCUGCAUGAACCUGCUACCAAAUGACUCCAGGACUCCUACAGAUUUAGAUUGCUUCAGAUUUGUGCUGAUUGUCUCAAUGUGCCAGAAGCUACAGUAAGAAAAUUGUGUCUUUGUCCUUGAUGACUGGAAUGGCUUUUAACUCCACACAGAAACUUACUUUGAGAUUCUCACUUUCAUAGUUUAACCAAAUAGAAAGAAAUUCAAAUAACGAGUGCAACUUUUCAGAAUCGUUUGAAUAAUUGUUGCAGCGCUACAUGCUGUAUACUGUCAGCAAGCUCACAACUAAUUAGAUGAUAUGGUAGCAUUGACAACAAGGCAGACUUUUGCUAUAGAGAAUGGGUUUAUGCCAUAAUACCUUCAUUGUAAUAUUUAUGCUAUAACACCUGCUUGUACUUGCGCUUGUUUUAAAGUGCAGACAGUGUGUUUUAGUCUGGUCUGUUGCUGCUUUGCUGCUUACUCCUAAAACAGCUAAAAAUGUACUCUUAAUCUGCUCUUAAAUGAAUACAAUUAUGAUGCAGCUCCACGUUGUGGUCCAAAGUCACUUGACCAGUUCAUGAAUAUGCAUGUGGAUGUGAAUGAAGCAGUGAAACUUAGCAGGUAAUAACAGUAGACAACAAAGAAUGUUCUGCAGUUUUUUGGUGACCCCUGUUUGUUUUCACUCUUGCAGCACCGGAAGAUGGCAAAUUCAUAGUGAUUUGCAAUGACUUGUCAGCUGUUUAGUAGCAUGCAGGUCGGCUGUGCAAAUUACAGAGUGACAUAAACCUACCGUCCAAUCUACGACACUGUGUUGUACAUGUAAUCCCAGGCAUAUCCAUUAUCUGGUAGUCAGAUGACUUUGGAAGCAUCCAGUACGAUGGAGAUUGUGCAAUACAGAACUCCAGCUUAGCACUGUGGUCUUCAGAGUAUCUGCAAAGCAUUAGCACCUCCAUUGUGUUUCACUUUACAUGGGUGAAAAGAACAGUAAAAGCACAGCACUCUGAAAACAUGCUGGACUAAUGUGUGCAAAUGCAACUAUAAUAAUUCCUAAAGCAGGUGCAUGCGAAUGCAGCUGUCUUGCUAAAAUCCAUACAGCUACUAGGAAGGGGUAGACUAUUCAGUAGACUGAUUAUAAAUGUCAGGCUGCAUAUUGCUGAACUAAACCCAAACUGUUUGAUGUUUGUAUCAAUAUGGGUACAUCCUUUGCCCAAAACAUUGCUGAGGUAGUGUUUCAUACAAAGGCACAGUUUGAAAACUUUUGUAUAUCUUAAUAUGUACAUUAAAAUCAUUAUUGUACAUCAAAA